GAGCCUGUGGUUGCUCCUCCAGCUUCAAGUCGUGAUGGCUCGUACCAAGCAGACUGCUCGCAAGUCCACCGGCGGGAAGGCGCCCCGCAAGCAGGCGAGCGAGGCGUACCUGGUGGGGCUCUUCGAGGACACCAACCUGUGCGCCAUCCACGCCAAGCGCGUCACCAUCAUGCCCAAGGACAUCCAGCUGGCGCGCCGCAUCCGCGGGGAGAGAGCUUAAUAA